GCGUCCGACGCGGAGUGGCGGUUUGUUGUCCUGGCUCUCCGUAGCUGCCCGCGGAGUUUGAGUGUGAGGAGAAGUCAGAUGCCAGGAGGUAUGGCGCCCCUCAAGAAGCCUCGGAAUCCCACAAAAUUACCCCUGGCUUUAAACCCCACGAAGAGUAAGGACGUUUUGGCAGUGCUGGCUGAGAGGAACCAGGCCAUAAUACCAGUUGGGGCAUGGGUGGAACCUGCCUCACCAAAUUGCACGGAAAUCCCCGCACAUGCGUCAGCAUACAUGAUUGAAGAGGAAAUAAAGGAGCAGCAACGAAGAAAACAAGAAUCUCUGAAACAUUUUCAGAGACAAGUCCAACACCGAGUAAAUCAGCAAGUUAAGCUGAGGAAAAAGCAACUCCUUCAGAAGUCCUACAAAGCAGCAGAAAAAGAAGGCUAUAUAGCCAUGCAAUGUUCAGAUCCGACACAUUUAACUCCUAAAAGGACAAGUGUUUUCCCCAGCAAUUUGAACGCUGCUAUUGGAAGUUGUAGGUUCCCCCCUUCCCAGGUGCUUGGGGAUGCAACAGAAGACGGAGAGAAUCAGAAUCAGUUGUUUAAACAACAAGCUCACGCUCUUAGUCAAACUCUGAAACAGGCACGUCAGCAGCUGGCAUCCUUUAAAACUGUGGGUGAUAAAAAGACACCAGUGUUUCUAAAUGGUAGAAGGAAAGAUUCUCCUGCCCAUGAGCUGACCUGUAUUCAUGUAUGUGUGAAGCAGAAACUACUAAUUGAAAAGAAUUACAAUAAAGCACUUCUUAGCAAACCAGCAUGCAUCAAGAUAAACAAAGAAGCAGGAGAGGAACCCCUUGGUAAGAUCCACGAAGGCCCUUUAACUACAAUUCAUUACCAGAACUUUAUGGAAAAUCAGGACCUUGGCUGUGGGGAAAUUUCAUCUGUUGUGACAGGCGAAAAGGAGAAAGAAGAUUGGUGUGUGGGUUACCAGCAGGAUCUCCUUUCUGAGGACAGAGAAAAGGCUGUCAGCAAAGUUCAGAAAGUAAAAUUCAAAAAUCCAUUAUUUUUUGUGAUAAAAGAAGAUGAACAAAAGCAAUUGAAUAUAAAUAGCCUUCAGGCUGUUCUUCCACAAGCCCAGGAUUAUUUUGUAGAAGUUCAAGGCAACUGUCCAGAAUCCCAGAGUGGUGUGAUAGAUGUCCUUAAUGUCGAGCCCAAAGCUUCGAGUAUUGAACCUAAAACUCCAGGUGUUGAGCCAAACACCCAGGCCACUGGAAUUGAGUUUAAGACCUCAGAGCCAGAAGGCCAGGCUCUUACGACAGCAAGUCAGGACAUUGUUAAAGCCCAGACUGUUGAGCUUGAUGAGAAUAUUGAGUUGGAAGCCCAUGAUUUUCUACCUCCAAAUCAGACCUUUUCAUCCAGAGACCGGGAUUUUCUGCCCAAAUGCCAAGACCAGGACUCUUUACCCAAAGACCACCAUGUUCUCUCUAAAUACUGGAAUGUUCUUCCUAAACGUCAGGACCAGCAUAGUCUACCAGUAGACCAGGAAUUUCUACCUAGAAAGCAGCUUGCAUUAUCUGAAGAACAGAGUCAUCCACUCGAAUGUCAGAUCCAGGAUCUCCCACCUAAAGAAGAGAGUUUUCUUCCCAGACACCAGUAUAAUUUACCUAUGUAUCAGGACAGAAGAGGUCCACAUGUUCUUCCUAAAUGUCAGGAUCAUGAUGUUCUUUCCAAAGACCAGAGUAAUCUACACAAAUGUCAGGAGCAGGAUCUUCCACUCGAAAACCAGGACAUGUUUCUCAAGCAACCAUCAACUUUCAUGAAAGGAGAGAGAUGUCCUCAGAUCCAGGACCAAAUUUUCCUUAGAGAACAGUACAAGAGCGAUGAGCAGUCAUCAUGUGAUAUGAUAAAUGAAAGAUGGAAAAAGGAAUUAUAUCCAGAAUGCUACAGAUAUGGUUUACAUGAAAUCCAGGAUCCAGACUCUGCAUGCAAGCAGCAGCAACCAUCUGUUAACACAACUGAGAAGUGGCAAGAGGAUUUACAUCUUAGUAGUCGUGAACAUCUUCCACGCAGACACUGGAGAGAAACAUGCCACAGGCGACAACAAGUUUAUGAAGAGUAUCGAUCGGGACUGAGCAAAUACCAUGCUUCACUGGCCUUUCAGUCUGGAGUGGAUCAAGAAGAAGACAAGAAAGAGCGUCAAAAGCAAUACUUGAGACACAGGAGACUUUUCAUGGAUAUUGAGAGGGAGCAAGUGAAAGAACAAAACAGACAAAGAGAACAAAAGAAGAGAAUUGAAAAAAUUAAGAGAAGGAAAGAGCAGCAGCGCCAUGCUGAAGAGCAGAGGCUCCUGAGAGCGCACUGCCGUGAAGAGCCUUGUUCAGAGCAGAAGAUAAGUGAUGUCUUAGCCCAGCUACAGCUUGAAGGAAUGAAAGGAGCCAGAGAAAAACAUCACCAGAGAGAAAAAGAAUAUGUAAGAUAUGUAGAAGCUUUGCGAGCCCAGGUCCAGGAGAAAAUGAAGCUGUAUAAUAUCACUUUACCUCCACUAUGUUGUUGUGGUCCUGAUUUUUGGGAUGCUCAUCCUGAUACCUGUGCCAACAAUUGCAUUUUCUAUAAAAACUACAGAGCAUAUAAUCGGGCCUUACAUUCAGUCAUCAACUCUUCUGAUAUCUCUGAGGGGAACGUGACUCUUCGAAAUGCUAUUCGUAAUUUUGCUUCUGUACAUAGACGGACUUCAAAAAAAAGUCUACAAUAAGAGUCUGAAAUCAGUGCCAAUGACUGCUAAAAAAUUGUCAGCAGAAUGCUGUGUCACAUAGAAAAACAGCAAGACAACCUGAAGCUACUGGGAGCCAUCCCUGUGUCAACAGAUUUAGCCUCACGGUGCACACCUUGAGCUACAGCCCUUCCAAAAGGGAUCUUCCCCAUGCGAAGCAAGGAGCAUCAAGACUUUGUUUUUGUUUACUUUACAAACUACAGAUAUUUACAGUUUUCAACUCAGGGUCUUCAGCCGGUAACCAUGCUAAUAUCACGUCACAAACUGAAAGCAAAAUGCCAGAAACAUCUUCAAAAUGCCUUGUCAUACUAAAAGCAAAUUGCAGAGUAAGGAGAACACAAGAGUACCUUUUCAUUUUAAAAUGUUUGGAAACAUGUACAAAUUUGAUACAGUUUCAGGAGCGCCAGACAUAUGUGUCCACUUUAAGUAAACUGAAGGCUAAGAGAAGCUGGGGGGAAGGGACUGACCAGAUUCUACAUUAAACCCAAUGAAGACAGUAAACACAACUCAGAUAAGAUGUUUGGAUCAUGGCUCUCCCCUCUAUGGUAUUUGCAAGAAGACAGAUAAACAUUUUUUAGCUGAGCGUGGUGGUACAUACCUAUAAUCCCAGUACUAUGGAGAGGCUGAUGCAGAGGGAUCAGGAGUUUGAGGCCAGCUGGUCUACGUGAGACUGACUCAAAGAAAUUAAGCCAAAUAAAAUAGUUGUUUUCCCUCCUUCCUCUUGCUGCCGCUCCUCAUCUUGUUCUUUCACCUUUUUGUGAACAAAUUCAGUAAGACCCUUUUUACCGUGAGACUGUCUUUGACUUGUUCUUAGAUCGUCCUUGUAUGUCUCCCUCUGCCUCACCACCUUACUGCUGCAUGGCUGCUUUUCUCUGCUGCUUAAGCUGUUCGGCGUCUCACUCAACUGUUGUUGUUUUCUUUUGUUUUAACCACGUCUACAUUAGUGAUUCCAGGAUUUGUGGCUUUGAUCUUGGGUCUGAAUUCUGAACAAAAGAAGUAUUCAGACAAUGAUCUGUGGGCAGCAAUAGUGGCCUUUUCGAAUCUUCAGGCCUCCUGCACACUGGCCCACAGCAUGCUUCGUCCAACUUUGCUAUUUCAUCAGUUUUAAAUUUCCCGCCCAGGCAUUGUCUCCGUUUCUCAGAGCACUUAGGAAAUCCUGCAAUGUUGAGAACAUCUAGCUUUUCUUCUGUGAUCUUCUCUACCUUUCUAUAUAAAGGGUGCAUAAGCAGCCAUAAGCCUUUUGGUCUCUUGGGGUCACUUUUAGCCAUCCUGUGCUCUCUAGGAAGCACAGAGCACAAUGCAAGGCUUCCUGGCCUCACGCGAGCUGCCUCUAUGACAGCCAACUCUUACGUGAUUGCUACUAAUUAAAAACAUUAACAAUAAAACAGAAGGGAUGCAUAAUGGCUGUCACUCUCAAGUCUUCCCACUCCAAAAAUCCCUUUCUAAUCCUGGAUAACCAUUAGCCUAAUCCGUGUAUAAAUUAGCGUAUUCAUCACCUCUCUUAUAAAUGGAACGUGCAAUGUGAGCUCUUCGAGACUGAACUUUUCAGCUAGCCUGAUGGCAAGACUCUUCAUUGUUGAAUAGUAUUAAUAGCAAUAAUAAAACCAUAUUUAUUCAUUC